AUGGCUGAAACCCCAAACUCUCUCGGCCCUGGCGGGUUCAUGCCGCCAUCAAUGCCGUCCCCCGCUCCGAGCACAUCCACCGUCAGAUCCGUCGCCGGCCUGCCGCACCCACGCGCCCAUGCCCUCCGUCCGGGCUCGGCAAAAGAGGACCAGGUGCGUCACUUUGUAGCCAGCCGCAUGGAACACAUUACCAGGCGGUUUGUCAAAAAACAGGGCAACGCCCCGCCGGGCAGCGAGGAUGUGCAAGGCUACAAGACCAUGGCCGAGUUGUGCAAGGAUCUCGAGGGUGUGAUUGACAUUAUUUGGUUGUCUGGCACGCCAAGCCUCCAAGUCCCCUUCCUCCUCAACAUUGCCAGCGAAUUCAACACAUGGGUAACCGGCUUUCCGGCAUCACCCACCGCCACGUUUGCGAUACUGCGCAAACUCGAUCACUGCUUUGCCAGUUUGUUAUCAGGCGAGGACGUUGAAACUCAUGAGCCCCUCCCGGGCUUCGAAAAUGGUCCCCGGGCCGGCAUGAGCAGGACAGACAUGGUCCGCUGCAGGAGUCUUGUUGAACAAGGACGCAUCGUGAUUGUGGAUGUCAUGAGCAAGGCGGUCGAUGAGGAAGAGGGCGUGCAAGACGAUGGAAAUGAAGAACAGGAGGACGAGAGUGGACACAAUGGGCCACGGAGAGCAGGGAAGGGCUUCUGGGACGACGAGGAGGAGGAUCUGUAUAUGGACGUCGCGCGGGUGUACGAGAAUACGUUGGUCAAACUUGGGGAUGCUCUUGGGGAUCCCGGGUUGGAAGAGGUUCAGAUGUCUGCGGACUGA